AUGGCUUCGACUGGAGACGAUACCGACGGUGAUUAUGCCUCUGGGUUGGAUAGCUACGAUGAUGUACUCCCCUUCCAUCGUGAAGAUGACAUUGGCUGGCGAAUGGACCUUUCAGAGGAGGAAGAAAUCAUCCAGAGCUCUAAGAAACUUUGGAAAAUGGUCGACACCGUUGAUGAGACAAAGGCUACGGUUGGAUUAGCUCUCGGCACAUCAUGGGAGCAAGCCAAGGAUGAGAUGGAAUUCUUUCGUGACAAGAUGGAGCAGAAGACAGGCAGCAGACGCCCUAAGCUACGUGAAAUCAUCCAUUUGAUCUUUGGCCCCCCCAGUACUGUCUUCAGAGCGUUCGUUGCGGAGGGUAUAUUCCAAGAUACCGAACAUGCCACAUUCAUCCGAUUUCUAACUACGUUCUUCAUGUCUUGCUGCUACCAACUCUCAACCAAGCAGCUCUUCGACAAAGAUUCUCGAAUCAAAAUGGAUGGAGCAAUGACAAAGGAAGAGUACACAACAACCUGGAAUCGAAUCGGAGCGGCAUCAACCCCAUCAAUGGAAGACCGCAACAAGAAUCUCACUCCACCCGGGCUGGUACCUUUUUGGGUGAAGCUGGAAGUCGCAUUCAACGCGUACAGCCGUGAAAUCUUUGUGGAGGGACAACAGAGCGACUCGUCAGAAAUAGCCACUCAACGAUGCUUUCGGGGCGCCAUCACCCCAUUGGCAGCUCCAGGAACCGCACCGGGUGAUCUCCUCCACGUCCGAACUGGGCAAGACCGUGGAUACACCAACGCAUCGUUGCUUCACAACUACUUUAUGAAAUCCGGAGCAAAGAUUACGGCUGGAACUGUUCGGAGGCAGCACUGCAUCCCGAUGACCUAUUGUCAGAAGUUGUUAAAAGGCGACAAGAGGAUUGACAUCCCAAAGACGGGCCCCAAGACAUUCUUCACCAUGGAAACAACUUCGCACGGCCGGAAGUUGUAUUGCUUCGCCUUUCGAAGUGGCACCGGUGGCAUCAAACCAAAAGAUGGCGUCACACUUGGAAUUUCAACUGAAUUUGGAGCCGUCCCUGAAUGGGAGCUUGUGCUAGAAAACCCAAGAGACCUGCAGUGGUACGAUGGUGCAACGCCUCUGUCUGUUGAAGAAAAGAUUCGAAAGUGCUUCAACAACCUCCCUCGUGAUUCAACUGAUGCUGAUAGCAAGAAACUGAGUGAUGAGUUUGUCCAGCGGCUUCGAGGACUCCCCGUCACUGCACUCAACACAACGCAAGGGACUCCAGAAUGGUUUCUGCUCCGAAGGUUUUCUCUCACAUCAUCUACCACCGACAGAGCAAUUGCAGUUUGCACUGGAGAGGAGGACUGGCUGGAGCAUCCAGACUCGUGGAAGACAAUCAAAGAUUGCCUUGCUGGAAUCCAAGAGCCUCAGGAGGAGCCUGAAGUGCCAAUCUUGCAACUACCACCACACGUGCAAGAGGCUGACGAGGAAAAGGAAGAAGAGAAAGUCGAACAAGAGGAGGCGAAAGAGGAAGCGAAAGAGGAAGAGCCAGUUGCUGUAGCCGUGGAAGAAGUCACUCUCGAGACAUUGUUGUCGGAUGCAACACUUGCUGCCAAGAUCAACAAUGACGAGGAAGAUGAGGUGGUUAUGACAGUUGUAGAGAUGCAAUCCGUGCUCAGAGAGCUUGGCCAUGAUCUCUCCAAAGCAAAAGAUCUUGUGAGGAAGGAAGCCGCUGACAGAAAGACAUUUGAAGCUUGGCUGACCGUCUCACACAAGCUGAAGAAAUAUUGGUUCAAGAAGCUUUCGGAUCUAACUAGGAUCGCUGAAGGACUUGAGAUUGACACCACCGUGGCGCUUGCGAGCAGGAACAAACGAGAUGCGAUUAGAAAGGCAAUCAACGAGCAUCUGCUUGCCAACCCAGAUGCUGUCAUUGAUGUUGAAGAAGUUGUGCCUAGAGCCCGCCAGAAGGCGGACACUAGCAAGCUCUCCGACAAAUUGAAACUGCAACAUUCGGUGAUAAGAGCUGGCUACCUGGAGCCGUUGUCAGCUGUCGCGACGAAGUACACUCGCAGAGGGCAUCAGCUGGAAUGCCACAUCAUGCGUGAUUGUCUUAAGGAGCAUGCUGUGGAUGCAACCGAGUCUCCGUUGAAGCUAACAGCAGCCUGCUCUGCUCCGUUGGUGAUGAGUCGUUCCCACAACUUCGCGAGAGACUCAAUUGAUUUCAUUGCGAUGGUUGCCGAUGGAACUCUUAUUGGAGUAGAGAUAAAGGCACGGCUGGGAAAGAAGAAAGAUCAACAGGAGACGCAACACGUGGAUCAAAUCCGUCGCUUGCUUGGACAAGAUCGCACUCCACGGCAACGCAGAGUCAAGUACUUUGAGGUUGACGCUUCAUCGGCAGAGUAUGCAACUAUGGUUGGAAACAAGCACGAGGCAGUACAGGUCCUUCACCAUGCGUUUGUGUAUGGCUUCGACUGCAUUCUGUUGCUUGUUGGCGACACCUGUGGAGAAGUCAUGUACGGUGUGUUCAUUACAGUCUCUGCUGCUCUCCGAGAGGCUUAUGGACACGUCUUGUCCGACAUCUACAACAAUACGCUCUCGUGGAUACAUGACCGCAACGAGGAAACAAAGCCCAUCGACGAACAGUUGAAAGCAGUGCUGGAUCAGAUUGUUGUAAAUGCUGCUGCUAUCGACAACCACAGCUUUCGAAUGGACCUUGCCCUGUGGCGAGAUGUCGACCGUAACAUCGACAAGCCGAUCCCACGGCUUGCACGUGUCAUUCCUCUUGUCUUCUCUUUCUGGAAUGCAAUCAAAGGAGGAUCUGAUGCGACUACCAACCUUCUUUGGCAUUGCAACUACAGCGUCCCUUCUAAAGAGAAUCAAUCCAUUGCUGUGGCGCGGAUGCUGUCACUCAGCGCUGUUCACGUCCAUCGUCUACUCCAGCUGUCGACGGCCAAAGAAGAUCUCUCUUUCUAUCCAAGCUUGAAGCGUUAUCGAGACUCUGCCUCGGAGCGUCGACCAUUCAAAAAGAGCCUCAACAUGAUGAUCGGUGAAAUGACAAAUAAGAGAGCAAGAGCCGUGUCGCCACAAACACCACCACGGGAACAGGGCACCGGUCGCGCUACACGAAGCCAAGCCAACAUUCAACGUCUCGAUCUGCCGAUGCUGGCAACAGGAAGGACUCCACACCGUAACGUGGCAGCCAAAAUCAUUAAGUUUGAGCAAGAGCAAGCGUCUGGAAAGAUAGAUGCAAAGAGCUCUGUUGUUGUUGACAGAACAAGGAACUGCCCUGGGUUUCCCAUUUUCCGCGUUGGAGCUGACGGCUCAAUCAAUGGUUCUGGUAGCCGUGGCAGAUGCGCGCAUUGUGGGUGUCAAACUCACUGUUGGUGCCUCCAUUGCAAGCGGUGGCUGUGCGACGGAUUGAGCAAAAAGGCAGAGCAGCAAACUGACUUCAAACCACACAUCGUUGUCAACGCAGACUCUGACAAGCCACUGUACGGUCAAAGCAGCUGCUUCUUUGUUCACCACUACGGAAACCAACAGAAGGCUCUUGAAAGGUUCAGUGCCGACGCCAUGAAGAAGCUGGCGCCGUAA